GUGAUGGCAGGUUAGGGGGUUAGGUGUGUGCCGUCAGGGUUGACGGUCCUCUUAUGCAGAGGUUAGAAUGGAUGAUGGUUUGUAUGGGAGGGUUUGGAUAGAUGACCUCAGGAAGUCCCUUCCAGUCCUGUGUCUCUGUGACGCAGUUAUCGUGUGCAAGAGUGGGUGACUACGCCUGAAAGCUUGCUGAGAACUUUUUUCCAACUACUCAGUUGGUCUAAUAAAAGAUCUCACAGCUGCUCAACGGACCUUGCCUGCCAGAGUGGGAUUAGGGAAGAACAUGCUUUAAAAAGGCAAAAAUGAGUGGAGCAGUGAAAUUCUACCACCGGCAAUUGUGUGAUUUUUCCACUGGAGAGCAGCAGAAGCUCACAUUACGCUUUCCUUUGUUUGGACUUGUCCAGAGGCAGUUACUGAACUUAAAAUGUGUCUGCAUGGUUCGUUUAAAUCCACCGAGCUGGUGCGACUGCAGAGAGGGAAACUACAGGAGGUGCAAGGUUGAAAAGGGUUUGGCCAAGUGUUUUAAAGAUGUAGAAGAGUUAUGUUCCUUAAGCCGGUACCACAUACAAGUAUGGCCAGCCAAAAAAAGGGAGCCUGAGAGUGAAUUACGAAGUACAGGGGCACGCAGCUGACCUGUUUACUAGUCCAAACUGCAGAAAACAAGAUGACAUUUUCAGUUGUAAUCCCAUUUUAGGCCUAAUUUGGCAUGUUUUUAAUACAGCAAACUUUCAUUUAAACCACUGGAUCACACCCUUGAAUACAUACCAGAAAUGGUCUUUCUUUAGUCUUUGUCCCUGGAGAGAGCACCUGCAGCUGUCAUAUGUUUCCCCGCCUUUGCUAUUUCCUUGGCAAGGGACUGUUGCGAGGAGCUGACUUCCAGGAUUUCUCUCAUCUUUCAAGUGACUGUUUUACUCAUUGCACAGCUGUUCAAACCCGUGGUGACACCCACUUCUCAUGGAUCUUCUACAUGGCUUCACUAAACCUUGCAGGGAUGUCACUGAUGGCAAAGUGGCUCCAUUACGCCAUCAUCCAGACAGUCUUGAAGAGGCACCUUCCUGACUGAGGAAUCCUAACCCAUCACUAUAGCCGAAGAUGAGAUUGAGUUAAAAACAACUCAGAAGCUAAAAAUCAAGACUUGAAUCAACAUUUAUUACUGAGCUGUGUGGAACAAUGACUUUUUUGGACUUACAUGGGGGAGAAAAGCCCCUGACCAAAGACUUGAUGCUGCAAACCAAAUGUCUGUAAUGCCUCAAAACUACAGAAAAAUGGACAAUGGCCUCCGUUUCAGAGCGCACUUUCAUUGCUAUCAAACCUGAUGGAGUCCAGCGGGGACUGGUGGGAGAAAUUAUCAAGAGAUUUGAACAGAAAGGAUUCAGACUGGUGGCCCUGAAAUUACUGCAUGCAUCAGAAGACCUUCUCAAAGAACACUACAUUGACCUGAAAGAUCGGCCGUUCUAUGCUGGUUUGGUUGAAUAUAUGCACUCUGGACCUGUUGUAGCUAUGGUAUGGGAAGGUCUUAAUGUCAUUAAGACUGGCAGAGUGAUGCUGGGGGAAACAAAUCCAGCAGAUUCUAAGCCCGGCACUAUCCGUGGUGACUUCUGCGUUCAAAUUGGCAGGAACAUCAUCCAUGGCAGUGAUUCUGCAGAAAGCGCGGAGACAGAGAUCAACCUGUGGUUCACUCCUGAGGAACUGGUUGAUUACACAAGCUGUGCUCAUCAAUGGAUUCAUGAUUAAAAGUUAGCCUGUGACUUUUAACGUCCCUUCACUCCAAUAAUUAUAGAUCCAGAAGCCAUUUGUAAUACCUUCAGUCAUUUCAAAGUAUUCCCAUAUAAACCGUUGGAAAUUUCUCUCUCAUCUACCUUGUGAAUAUUAAGGGUAAUCAAUGUUAACUGCUGCUGCUCUGAUUAAAAA